AUGAAGCUGAUAGCUGAUGACGUCAGUGCAACGGAGUCGGCUUCUUUCGAUCAAACACGUCAAUUCAACCCUUCUCAACAACCAAUUCAUUCCAAUGAUCCCGAUGCAGAUGUGAAGAAGAAAAUUGUACUUUUCAACCUCCCAGAACCGUUUGGUGAUGAUCAGAUGAAAGAGCAAGCCGAUCGGAAUGCUUUUCAUCAAGUUUUAUAUGCGAUCAACGCGGAAAGUCUGGCCGGAAAUAUUCGCGAGAUCAAACGAGAAGGACGAUUUGAACAAAAUGGAAGACCUCGUCGUGUAAUUGUGACAUUCACUGAUGAAAAUGUGCAACGAAUCGUUGUCGAAUAUGCGCCGCAACUCUCAAAGAUUCGUCAACUGAAACAUCUAGCGCUUUAUGCUUACAAAUCACCGGCACAACGAUUCGAACCACCUCCGGAGCAACAAACGAAACGUCAAAACAACAAAGCACGGCCGACGAGAGUGGAUGGGUAUCACGGCGGCACUUCUCGGAAGGCUCCCGAUCAAAAGUUCGAGCAAAGAGGCAAGAAAGAAUUACGACCUCAACAUCCCCCACCAUCUGAUUCACCUCAACUUUCACAAAACAGCCACGCUGGGAGCUUGUACGGGAGUACGACAAAUCCUUCGAAUGUCAAUUAUGUCGCUCGAUCGGAACCUCCGCGCCCCAUUUCGCCACAACUUUCCGAAACAAGUAGCAAUGCUGGGAGCUUUUACGGGAAAAUGCUACAGUCUUCCAAUGGUCAUAAACAAGACGGAACACCUUCGAACGUGCAGUCCAAUGAAGUGACUCCAAAUCCUCAACAACAAAUCUUCAACAACUCUUUCGGAUUUGCACAGAAUAGUGCGAUGUCAGGCAAUGGUCAACAAAAUGGAAUGAACGGCCAACACCAUGCAAAUCAACCAGCACCAUUUCCACCGCAAAUGUUCAACAAUGCUUUUGGUUUUGCGCCGAAUUUUGCCCCGCCAGGAAAUCCUCAACCAGUUCCACUAAUGUCUUUCAACCCAACCGAUCCGCAAUUCCAAAUGAUGAUGAUGCAAAUGUACGGAAUGUUCCUCAACUCUCAACAAGCACAGCAAAACAACAAUCCUUCCGUGCCGUCAAAUGUGCCAACAUCAGCAAAUGAGCUUUCUGAAGAAAAUGAUAUGACUUCUCAAUUUCCUCACACUUCACCGGUGCCGAUGGAAACUGAUGACAUUGAGCUUGAAGCGCCGACUUUGGCUGAGCAACAGGCAAAUUUUAAGCGAUUAAAUUUCCCGGAACAAAUGGAAGAAGUGGAUGCUUCAAAUGGAGUUCAAAGGAAAAACGGUUGCAAUCAACACUUUGAUACUCCACUCGCCAGAAAAUCUGAACCUGAUCAACGAAACACUGUCGAUUCGCUCAACGGAGACCAAGAUGUGAAUUUGAUUCGUGAAGCCCAACUGAACGCCCACAAUAUCAACGCCCGUCUACAAGAUCUAUCACCCGAACAAGCAAAACUCUUCCUGAACACUUUAAGCAAGAAUUUGUGGAGAGAAGACAAACAAGAUGAUUUCUCGAAGAAGCCAUUGGAGAAAGCUCUGGAUGACUUCAUUCUAUUGGAUCUCUCGGUUGAGAUUCCGCCAGUUGAAACAAUCCAGUCAAUGUUUAAAUCGAGUGAACUGAGUGAUUGCAAUUCAUCAAAUGAUCCACAAAGCUUCAUGAAUCGAGAAACCACAAUCGGACCCAUUGCUGCUGAUAUCUACGAGGACAUCACUCCAAGAAAACUUUCCGGAACUUCUCAAUUGCCUCUUGGGCGAGAAUUCGAGGAACAAGACGUCGUCUCAGCUGCAAAGCCUUUAUCUUCCUUUAUCUCCUCAAACACUCCAUUUCACGAGUGCCAAACAAAUGUACAACAACUUGUCAAGCAAUUUGAAAAAGCUCCGAAUCCUGAUUGGCCUUCAAAUUUGAGCUAUGACUUGAAACCGAUUCAAAUGAAAUUCCCGUCGGCUUUCGAAGCUCCAACUUAUGAAGAUUCUCAAUUUUCUGAAAAUUCAAGAUAUCGGCAAAUUUCCAACUCAAAUCAAAAAUCUUACUAUCCAACUAUUGAAACUGAGAGAGAAAAUGGAAAUGGAUCAGUUGCAAAGCCGAAAGAAGACUCCUUGAUGACCCCAAUUGGUUUGCGCUUGUCUGCUCAGCGAAGUUCAUCGAGAUUGUUGGAUCACGCUGCACGAGCUCGCCCGCACAACACCUCGGACACGCUGUCAAUCAAUGAGACUCGGACUUGGAUCUAUCAGUUAAUCGAUCCAAUUCUCAAAGCUUGUGCAAUGAUUCAGAGAAACUUGCAGCAACUGGAUAGGCAGAAGGAAGAGCUGAUGCAAGCUGAGAACAAUGUUGAAGAAUUGCGGAGAUUGGCGACGAUUCGAGUGACUUCAAUGGAAAUCUUACCGCUAUCGAUGCCCCAAACCGUUUGUCGGAGUCAAAAAUGUGCAAAGUAUGAAAGGAUUGAUGGAAAAGAAGCGUUGAUCUACAGGGUUUGCCACAAAGAUUGCAGCCUAGGCGAUAUUGGAAAACUAGACGAAUGUGCAGUCUUUAAUUACAAGUCCUGCAAUAAAUGCUUCUGUCACAUAAAUGCUCACGAGCGAAUCCCGUACGAGCAACGAAUCACCAUAAAAUCUCUCGAAAACCCACAAAAACUCGCCUCAGAAGCGAAUGCAGCCGAGGUGAAGAAAACCUCGAUUCGAAAAUUUGAGCGACUCAUCAAUGGAUAUCAAAAAGAAUCCAACUACAUUCUAGUUGCAAUGGCAACUUUUUCUGCUUUCCUUGCUGAAAAUGGAAUCACUCAGAAAACGAAUCUCUUUGAACAACACUUACAGAAGCUGAUUGUUGCCGAAGACAAGAAAAUGAGAAGCGUAGCUGGGGUGGAUGCGGAUGAAUUCAAUCGAUUGCUCGAACUCAGUGUGACUUAUGGAGAUAUUUGCAAACAAUUUGUUCAUCAACGAGACCCGGCAAAGAUUUCACUUUAUGAGCUGCAAGAAAUUCGACAAAAGUUGUUCUCUUUGCCGCUGAAUGGUGCAAUGAUUGCACAGAUUUUCGAUAUUCAUGUGAAAACCGAUCAUCAGGAUUAUGAGGCAACUGUGACACGCUGCGAGAAAUCGAUGUUUCAG